AUGGAUAGCUACUGCGUUUUGUACAGCUCAGCCCACCGGACCGGGCUACUUGCCGGCUUCCAGCGAUUGCGAACAGAGCAUAAGAUGUGUGACGUUGUGCUGCAAGCUGGUGGCCUAGAUUUCCCUUGUCAUCGCGCCCUUUUAGCCAGCUCCAGCGAGUAUUUUUGGGCGCUGUUUGGAGAAACCACAACAGAAAGAUUAGCAGACUCUGUUAGCCUCCCCGCGCUAACACCUGAAGGACUGGACGCCAUUUUGGAUUUUUUAUACUCCGGCUGGCUUAGCAUUUCCAAGCAGACUCUUCCUGUUGUGUUGGAGGCGGCGAGAUACUUGCAAGUGGACAAGGCUGUUGCUAUUUGCGAACGUUAUAUCAUUGAUAGCUUGUGCGCUGAUAACUGUUGCGGCUACGCUGACCUCGCCGAACGCCAUGCCCUCCAGGAUGCACUCGAAGCUGCCAAUCAUACUAUCGCCAUGGAGAUGAAGGUUUUGCUUCAAGAAAACAGGGAAGAUCUGCUUGGGUUAAACAUCCAGUCAUUAAUGGAUGUUUUCGAAGCCGAUGAGAUACCUGGCGUGAAGGAGGUGGAGCUUAUAAAACUGGCGUUGGAUUGGCUGGAUGAAAACGGGCCCCUCCCACUUUUAAAAUCAAACCUUUUGCUGAGCCGGUUACGAUUUGGACUGGUCGCCUCUUCCGAUCUUGCAAAUUUUAGCCACAAAGCGAUGAGUACUCCGUUGAUACGAAGCCAGCUGACUCGCGCGUUGGAAUAUCACGCAUCUGCAAUCGAAAAGCCGAUCAAACAAAGCAAGCAAACCACACUGAGAUCAUCGCCCAAUCGCGUGCUUCUUGUCGGAGGCGGGUCGAAUCCCGAUUGGCCGGAGCAGCAGAUGAUGAUGUUUGACCCCAGAACCAGGAAGUUUACAUGCUUACAAUCUGAACUACCAGUACGGCUAAAACAUCACUGCGUUUGCUCGAUUGGCGGCUUUUUAUUCGUGAUUGGUGGCGAAGAAGUAAAAGACUGGCUACAAGACGGGAAAAAUUCUGUGACAAUUUUGACGAGUAACAAAAUGUGGAGAUACGAUCCACGUUUCGACCAGUGGGAAGAGAUGGACUCCAUGAUGGAACGGCGAUCGCAAUUUACAUGCUGCGUCGUGGAAGAUAUAAUUUACGCCAUUGGUGGACGACAACAUCAUCAACAAGCGAGCACGUGUUUGGCAUCUGUCGAGUAUUUUGACAUGACUAUGCGAUCUUGGAGAAAGGGCCCACCGUUGCCAAACCCGAUAUUCGGUCAUGCUACAACUGUGCUGGACGAUAAGAUCUAUGUUUCCGGUGGAGUACAAGGCAACCAAGCGAGUAUUUUGGUAAACAACUCAAGCUACAGUCCCGAUCACCACAGAGAAACAAGCAAAGACGUGUUAUGCUGGGAUGUUACGACGAAAAACUGGGAGAAGAAAGCGUCUAUGACAAUUGCGAGGUUCGGACACCAGAUGGCGACGGCGAACGGCUACAUAUACGCUUUGCUUGGUAUGUACGAGCCAUUUUGUGACAUCGAAAAAUACGAUUCAAACUCAAACAGCUGGACAAGACUCCGGCCACUCCUCAACGGAUCAUUUAACUACGGAAUGGUGGUUAUGCCGUCUGGGAAUUUGUUUGUUUUCGGGGGGAGGAAGUGGAAUGAUGGACAAGAAGUUAUAGUUAAAACUGUUUUGGAAUACGAUACAAAGAAAGAUCACUGGAGAGAGGUGAGCCAGCUCCCAAAAGGCAUAGCUGGGGUUGAGUGCACGCUGCUGCCCAUACCAGACUGA